AUGAAAAACACAAUUUUAUGCAUAAAAGCUGAAUUAGAUAAUGUUAAAAAAUUAUACUGCAAUGAUGAGUAUUUAUGGAUAUUUAAUAUUAGAGAUAAUUCUUCAUCUUUAACAAGAAACAAUAUACAAUUCAGAAGAAUUGACAAAUUAGACAUACCUAACAGUAGAGGUACAGCAAAUUUUAUGAUUAAAUGGACAGAAUAUCCAAAAUACUCUACAAUCAAUUUUGUAAAUACAAAAAAUUGUUGUUCAUAUGAAGAAAAUGAUACCUGGAAAGAUUUUGCAAGUUUUGAGUGCAGAGGAAUAGAAAUUGUUGAUUUUAUUCCCAGUAACAACUUUAUCGUAGAAGAUAUAAAAGGAAAAGUUUAUUACGAUGUUAAUUUGUCAGAGUUGAAUUGGUGUGAUUAUAAUGAAGAACAUGAAAUGUGUGUAGGUAUUUAUAACCUAGAGUAUGAAAUAAAGUAG